CAAAAGAGCAACAAACCGGCAAGAGCCAAGACUCGAUCAACGUUGUUCAUAUUUGACGAACUUCCAUGGAUUUUUAGUUCAAUUUGAUGACACUGCCAAGAUUUUGGUUCCCAUUUGGCCUUCUUUGUUAACUUCCCAAUAAACCCCUCUCUCUCUCCUCCUCCUACUCCUCUCUCUCCUCCUCUGUACAAAGCAGCUGAAACAGAGGAGGAGCUCUUGGAAGCCAUUGCUGGUUUUGCAUCAAGCUCCAAGCUCUGUCUUCUUCUCUUUCAUUACGUUCUUGAAGAGAGGGAAGAAAUUAGAGAUGGGUGACAGAUACAAUCGGUUUAAUCCAUCAAAUAUUCGUCAGAAAAACAUGUUCUUGCCGAUGCUCUGUUCUAAGCCGGCGACCAAAGACUGCCGGCCGCCGAGAUGCGACCGGGACCGUUCGGAGUCAUUUUCCGGCGACCCUUUGUCGCCGAGAAUCGGAUGUAUGGGUCAAGUGAAGCGGAAUAACAGAGUUGCAGGUCUUCCAAUUUCCCAUAGGAUUUUGAUUACGACCAAAAAUGAGAACAGUCCCACCGCUGGUUACUUUAAGCUGAAGAAAUUUUUCUCCAGCAAAAAUCUCUUGGCUUCCCCAUCCCCCUCUGGCACCGGCACCACCAGGUCCACAGCCGUCGCCGCCGCCGCUGCAUCGGUAUCUACAGCGGGUGUCAACGGUUGUAGGAGCAGAAGAAGACCCACUCCAGCUUUUGGAAAUAAGAAGAAGGGUGUUUGUGAAAAUGGGAAUUGUGAAUCAUUAAGCGUUGUGGAUUUGGAUCCGCCGUUGCCGGUGGUCCGGCGAGUGCAGAAGGGCGGAGAAGAAAGAGGGGAAAUGGAGAAUCUUUGGAAGAGGAGGUCAGGUGGAAUUGUAUUACAGGGCUUGCAGAUUCAGCAGACUCAUGUUCCGAAGCAUCGGCUUCAGAUUACGACUGUUUGAUGAAAUGGUUAAUCUUAGAUUCAUUGGAGAGGUCUGUAAAUGUUCUGUUUUUGUUUCUAGUUUUUGGUUGUGUUUCAAUCGUAAGUGAUGAAGACGAUGUGAUUGUAACUCAAAUCUUCAUAAUUCAAGUUUCAAAUUUGAGUGAAGUAUUCAUUCUAAA